AAAAAAGUACGACUAUUGAGAAGAAGAAAAACGAAGAAGAGGAAGAAGAAAGGAGAGAUUAAACUAGAUAGAGUUUGAGUACUCCUAGAGUAUAUUGAUUGUCUAGUCGUGGCAAGCAUCUUCGAUUCUACUCCCAAAGCAGCGGCUCCUCCAGCCGGAGCUCCGCAUUGACCGCCUCGUCGACGUCGGGGAGCGGGGCCCACAUGGCGGACGAGAACCCGAAGCCGUCCCGGAUGUCGAGGAGCAGGUCCGGCAGGUCGAACAGCUGCAGCUCCUCCUCGUCGCCCCUCAACGGCGCGGCGGCGGCGGCGGCUUCUUCGUUUUUGGGCGGCGCGGGCGCGGGCGCGGGCGCGUCUUCUUCUUCUUCUCCUCCGACGACGCCGUCCUCUUCCGACGGCGAAGGGGAAGAAGUGGUGAAGGCGGCGGCCAAUGCGGCGGCGGCCUGGACGUCCUUGGGCGCGGGCGAUGCGGCGCGCGGGAGGAGCUUGGCGAGGUCCGGGAAGUUGAGGGCGGCGCGGGCGGGGCCCUUGAUGGCGAGCGCGGCGGCGUCGUGGGCGCGGGCGGCCAUGUCGGCGGUGGGGAAGGUGCCGAGCCAGAUGCGGGACUUCUUCCGGGGCUCACGGAUCUCCGACACCCACUUCCCCCACGCCCGCAUCCGCACGCCCCGGUACGUCGGGUGCUUCCCCUCGCUGCUCCGCUUCCGCUUCUUCUUCCUCGCCUCCCCCUCCUCCAUUAUCUCCAUCUCCAUCUCCGCCUCCAGCCGCUUCUUCCCCGCAGCCGGCGCCGUGGCAUUGGCCGCCGGCGACGAGGGGGAGGAAGACGAGUCCGUGACGGUGGACGCGCACGACGCGGUGGAGCUGGUCGUGUACGACGUCGACGAGGAAGAGGAGGAAGUUUCCUGGAGCUCCCGGGGCGCCAUGGCUGGCUGCGUGCAGCGGGUGCCACGAAGAGGAGGAGGAAGGAGGAGUAUGGGCUGCUGCUGCUCUGCUCCUUGA